AUGAUUGUCCGGCAGUUGUGUGUGCGGCAGAGCCGCUUCCUGGCUCUCAACCGACCAGCUCGCAUGCUAGGCCGAUUCUACUCGACCGAAACCCCCAUCCAGACCGCAGUCGAGACGCCUACCCGGGGCCAACCCGUCCAACCGCAAGACGCCGAGGAAUAUGAGAGCUUCGAAGAAUUGAGAAUGGCGGCUCAGGAGAGAUUUAGGAGGGCAGAAUUAAGGAGACAACAACGCCGCAGCCUUGGUGCUGUCAUUGAAGAUGGUUACGACCCCGAAGAAAUUCUCCGAAACCCCCCUGAGCCUAAAGACAUCACCCUCGAACUGCUCCUUGCCUCCCAGACACAUCUCGGUCACUCGACGUCGCGCUGGAACCCCCAAAAUUCGCGGUACAUCUUCGGUAUCCGAGACGGCAUUCACAUUAUCUCCCUUGACCAGACCGCAGCAUACCUACGCCGUGCAGCAAAGGUCGUGGAAGAAGUUGCAGCCCGGGGCGGUCUGAUUCUGUUUGCUGGUACCCGGAAGGACCAGAAGAGGACGGUCGUGCGUGCCGCAGAACUGGCCAAAGGAUACCAUAUCUUUGAGCGCUGGAUUCCGGGUGCCUUGACCAAUGGACAGCAGAUUCUGGGGCAUUGUGAGACCAAGGUUGUCAAUGCGUUGGAUGAAGAAAUUACCGAGUUGAAACCAAAUUUGGAGGAGCAUGCUGCUCUUAAGCCGGAUCUGGUGGUUUGCUUGAACCCCGUUGAGAACGAGGUUCUGCUGCACGAGUGCGGUCUCAACAACGUGCCUACUAUCGGUAUCAUCGAUACGGAUGCCAACCCCGCCCGUGUGACAUACCCUAUUCCCGCCAACGAUGACAGUUUGCGGUCUGUUGGCGUUAUCGCUGGCAUCCUGGGCCGGGCAGGUGAGGCUGGUCAAAAGAGACGGUUGGAAUAUGCUAGAAAGGGCCGAUUCACGUAUGAACCUGUUGACCCGAAGGAGCUUGGUCUGAAGGACACACGGGAGACUCAACCUCAAGCUGAGUCUCGGCCUCAGCGUCAGUCCGAGAACCAGGAUAUCCAGACAGCGGAGGCCGCCGCCAACCAGUGA